CGACAAGUUUGAACAUAACACAACACGUAACCAUUAGCCCGGCGCGGCAUCAUGUAGCCCGCCGCUAGAAGAACUAUUAAAUAGACCAAUACCCGCUAAUAAAGAUAGGAUCGACUACGCAUUAGAUGAUUCAGACCCGCCUGGCAAGAAAGAUACCAUGGGAGCGACAGUGGAAGAACGAAGAAAGCCAAGAAAAUAUGAUACCCUACUUCUCGGAGCCUAUGGAUACACGGGGUCACUGACGGCGGAAUAUAUUGUCCAACACUUUCCGACCGGUCUGAAAUGGGCCAUUGCUGGUAGAUCCAGAUCUAAGUUGGAAACUCUUGCCAAGAGGCUGAGGGACUUGGAGCCGGAGCGCUUGCAACCUGAAAUCGAGGUGAUUUCUCUGGAUGAUCGUAGUCAAGUCGAUUCAAUUAUCAAAGAUACCAAGGUCUGCAUUAGUGUCGUGUUGUACUGGCAAGUCGGAGAAGUGGUAGUAAAGUCUUGUAUUGCGAAUGGCACGGAUUAUAUUGAUGUGGCAGGAGACAUACCACUCCUCCAAACAUUCAUCGAGAAGUAUCAUGAGGCAGCUGUAAACGCUGGAGUUGCUCUUAUCCACGUCUGUGGAGCGUUUACUGCACCGCAAGACCUUCUCGCAUGGGCGACAGCGCGGGAAUUAGCCCAGAAGACAUCAAGAACAACGAAGGAAGUGAUUUUAUCUAACACAAGUCUUGCUCUCUCCCCUAGUGGGGGAACCGUUGCGACAAUGAUGGCUGGAAGUAGCUUCGACCCCCAGGCUGUUCAAGAGUCAAAACAACCCUGGGCAUUAUCCCCAAUCAAGGGAACGCAACUUUCAACUCCAACAAACGCCCUAGGCAUACGCCGUGACCCCGUCCUUGGUCUGUUGGCCGCAUCAUCAAUUAGCGCCAUCCAAAACCAGGCAUUGGUGCAUAGGACCUGGGGUCUGCUGCAAGGUACCAGCCAGGACUAUGGUCCAAAUUUCCAGUAUAACGAGUACAAUAAAGUCUCGUCUACCAUCGCGGGGCUAUUAAGCAUGCUAGAAACCGCGCUUCUAAGCGCUUUUCUUGAAGUUGGCCCGCUCCGGCGUAUCGCGAAGUUAUUCCUCCCAGCUCCCGGCGAUGGACCCGACAUCGAGAAGACGCGACAUGACCGGGUGAAGUUCGAAGCCGUAGCUAUUGCCGAUACGUAUGGCGACGAUAACGAACCUCCUCGCGCGUAUGGAAGUUUUUCGUAUCCCUCUGGUGCAUAUUUCGUCACUGCGCUUUUCUUGGCCGAGGGAGCUGCGUCGUUGCUUUAUCAUAGACGCUUGGAGAACGAUGUCGCGGGCGGUUGUCUUACCCCGGCGUUUCUAGGCGAUGAUCUUCUGGAUAGGAUUCGGGCGGCGGGUGCGACUUUUCAAGUCAAUUUAGUCUGAAAAUUGUAGUCGU